AUGGCUGCUAGCGAGUCGGGGUGCGCGGCCCCGUCUCCGCUUUCGCACGCGCAGGCAGAAGUCCGGCCUGCGCGGCGCAGAGAGUCGAGCGAAAAGCUGACGCUCGAGGAGAUUCUUCAGCAGGAGCUCUCCGACGACGAGGAGUUCGACAGGCUGAUCCUCGACAGCAGUCGACCCCCCGGGGGUGCGACGCGGCCAGCUGGCUACGGGCGAGUGGAGGAGACUUGGGCGGCGAGCCGAGCCACAGCUGUCUCCGGAUACGGUCUCGGGAACGGUGUCGCACGUGCCCACGCGCUCGCCGUCGACGAGCGAGAAGAUCGAGAUGAGCAAGAAGUGCCGCUCCCGAGGCAGACGACGUAUCGCGCGCACGACGCGGCGUCUGCACACCCCGCAGGCCGCGCGACACCCGCUUGCGCUGCGUCGGACUCUCCAUGUCAGACGGGCUCAGACUUGUCUUUCUCGGCUUCUCGCGUUCGCGCAGAAGAGAGGGGAGAGUCUGGGAGCGGCGGCGAGGCGUGCGCCAAGUCGCGGUUCGCAGGGACUACGCGGACAGUUGAAGAAAUUCUGAGGGACGUCGAAGAAGAGGACGAAGAGUGGCUCAGCACACUCCUUCCUCAAGUUGCACUCCCGACGACGACCGGGGGCUCCACUUGCGGCCUCUACACACCACCCAACGGUCAGGGUCGCCAGCAGUCAAGCGAAGGUGCGAGAAGAGACAGUGGCGACGACGGCGGCGCGGGUUGGCGGUCCCCGCACAGGCCUGCCUCGGCCUCCGCAUCGCGCGUGACGAGCUCCCAGCGGCCAUCAGCGGGCUCUCACCGCGGCGCGACCGCGAGAGACGACUCGUGGCGAACUCCAGGCGCCGCGUCCCGACUGUGCCCGAGCACCCGCUCGCCUAGACGCGGGGCGAGACGGAGCUCAUUGUCUUCUGUUUCCUCGUCGUCCUGUUCGUGCGACGCCUCUCCUUCGCGGCGCGGCGCCGCUGGAGAAGAGGGCGUCUCCGGCACCGAGACCCCGUUGUCUUCCUCAGCAGUCUCUUCUUCUGGCUCUUCCGCACGAUCUUCGCGCGCCACAUCGGUCCUCUCAGACAGCGCAGACGCGCCGUCUUCCUGCGAGGAGAGCCAGGGGCAGCUCCGCUCCAGGCCGCGGCGGACGGGCGGUCUCCUUGCCCCCAUGACCUCGCCUCCGCUGCCCUCGUCUCUCGCGUCUUCGCUGCAGCUGCUUCGCGACUCUCCUCUGCGCUGGACAUGCAGAAGCAGCGCGGCUCUCUGGGGCGGUGCCGCGGCGCGCAAAGCGGCACGGGUCCUUGCGGAGGAGGACGAAGCCGCGGAGGUGGGCAGGCCAGACGCCCGCGGGCACCUUGACCCGCAGCGGGGGCUGGCGGCCCUCAAGCAGAAGGCCCGAGGCAGCGAAAUCGCGCGCAGGUCGCCAGAAGGGAGAGCAAGGGGGCGAAGUAGGCAGCGCGACGCGAUACCCGCGCCGCUUGAGGAAGCAGCCCUCAACAGUCUCGGCCUCGCGCCUUUCAAUGAGGAGCCGCCGACGACCAGGAAGGGGGCGGAAUGCCAGAGGCGACAGGAAAAGCCGGCGACGUGGAGACACGGAGACGAAAGUCACCAGGGCGGACCCGCGGAAGACUUCGAGACCCCCGAGAAGACGUUGGAGAUAGUGCGGGCGCCCACCGACAAGGCGACGGGCGUGUUCGAUACCAUUGCGCAGGGAUUCUCGUCGCUGCAGUCCCUCGUCGCCUCAGUGGGAUUUCCCACGUGCUUCCACAGCGUGCAGAAUCUGCUAAGCAUCGGCACGUCCCGCGGGUUCGCGUUGCUGGUGGAUGUGCACGCGCUGCCCGCCCUACCGGAGACCCCCGACGCGCGGCGAAGCUUCUUCGCGUCCUUCUUCGCGUCGCCACAGGCCUUUCCGCUCUUCCUGCCUCCUCUUGAAUCGGCUGACGCGCACGCUGCGCCUGGCGCGAUUGGUGCGCCUGGCGCCGCAGACGCGGGCACGUCGGCCUUUCUGUCUGUGGAACUGGGUGAGGUCGCGGCGACGUGUGCGCCGGAGGAGGCCAAGGUGGGCGCCGUGGCCUCGAUUGCGCUCGCCGAAAACCUCCGCUUCCUCCUCGUGGGCUACAAGAGCGGCACCGUCGCGCUGUAUGAAAUCCACUCGAGCAAGGUGCAGCGACUGCCCCUGCCGCCUGGGUGUACGUACACCCCGCCGGACGCGUGGGGCGAGGCGGCUGCGUCAGAGACGAAGGCCGAGCGCGUGCCUCUUCUGCGCGGCUACCAGGCGACGCUGGUCGCGCUCUCGAAGGACUCUGCAGGCUCAAGUCUGGCGCCCGCCGCGGAGAACGACGGAGGCGGGCGGCCGCCGGGCGACGGGAUGCCGCGGCGCGACCCGUUUUCGUCCGCUCAAAGCUCUGGCGAGCCUCAGGCGAAGAAGAGCGGGAGAGAGGCGACGGACUCGAAAAGCAGCAGCAGCGUUUGUUGCCUGCGGUUUCUCACGGAGGCGACUCUGCGCGGGGCCACUGGAGGGAGAAGCGCGGCGGCGGUCUCGCAGGCGCCCGUGGCGACUCCGGGGGGCGGUGCCUCGUUCUACGGCUCAGACUUGUGGCCUGUGCCCUCUCUAGGCCGAGCGAGUGUGCUGCCUUCUGGCGCCCUCGCCGUUGCUCUAGCCGCCGACGAGCGCGGCGAUUUGUUUGUCAUCUCCUUCCAGAAGACCUUUCUCUCCGUGGCCUGCGACCGCAGGUGCGUCACCACGGGCAUUCGCUCCCUCGGCGCCAUCAUCGACAUCCGCGUGCUGCCUGCGCCGCCGCCACGAGUGUGUGCUCGGCCGUCCGCUGCGGAGUUCGCGGUGCGCGGGCUGCUAGGCGCCCGCGGACAGGCCUUUGAGGACGGUGUUGUGGGGGGGAGAGCGCGAGGCGAGGCGGGCGCGCGGGCCGCUCUCGAGAGAGGCAUCCGCUCCUUGCCGCUGCUGGGGCGCGCAAUACCUGGCAGCGCGGUACAUGGCGACCGGCGGGCGGGCAUCUUCGGCGGCACGGCCUCCCCGCCUGUGGACUCAGACGGUUUCCCUGAGGAUCCUCAUCCGGCGGACGAGGCUCAGAUCUUCGCAGUCGCCUGCAGCAACGCUGUGCUAAUCCUCAGGCUGCUGCCGCUGCCGGCGCUCGUCUAUCGCAUCGACCUCGUGGCGGGGUCGCUGUCGGCGCUCGGGCAGCAGGCGCGGAGUGAAGAGCCCGCGGGGGGGAGAGCCAGCGAGCGCAGAGGCAGCACAGAUUUGUCUACCCCGCGGAGUGCGCACGCGACGCACGGGGGGCGGCGGCGGCAGCUUUCGCAGACGCCUAGCUUCGCCAGCUCUCCGAGCGCCGCCGCAUCCUCACCCGUCGCCCCUUCGUCGCCCUCUGCCGGCGCGACUCUGCGCGGGGGGGAUGGAGAGCCGCGAACGGCGGCCGCCUGCUCGCAGGAAGCCAGUCACAAGCAGAGGCCGCAGACGUGUCUGCCUGACCUCCCCUGCGUGACCUGGCUGCGCGCGGCGUUCCGCCACCAGCGGCUGUUUGACAACCCGGUGCUCGCCGCCGGCCUCUCCUGCGAGAUUCAGCUCUUCGAGGUCAAGGCAGCGCCGCGGGGCGCCUCGGCGCCGCCGGGGAGUGGCGGCCUGGUCGUCGAGCCUGGUGCGUGCGUGUUUUCGGUGUCGCACCCCAUUCAGAGUCUGAUGGCAGUCCAAGACUCCGUUCUCUGCGUCCUCGACGCCGGCAACAUCCUCAGCGUCUAUCAGCUCAUGAGUGCAGCGGUGGACCCGCUCGCGUCCGCGCUCGCCUCGCCUCGCCCGCCGACCUCCUCCGUGGAGCUGCGCCUGCUGCAGCGCGUCGACGUCUCGCUCGCCAACCCGGUCUACUACCGCUUCACAGACAUCUCCCUCAUCACGCAGCUCGUGCGGCAGCAACGCGAGAAGCGGCGCGAGACGCGCAGAAGUUCGGGCGCGUCUCCCGGCUCGCCCUUCGCGUCGCCGCCCACCACGUCGCCCCUGUCGCGAGUCGCGUCCUCCGGGCAGAGCGCCUGGGGGGGGGUGGCGUACGGCCUUCUCGGCGUCGCCAGGCGGGACUCUGCAGCCCGUCGUCUCCUCGCUGGCGCCAAGGCCCAGACGCCGGAGGCCCGCCGCCAGCCCGGCUCGAAGGGCGCGAGCCGUGAGGCCGGCGGAGACACGAUUGGGGCCGGAAGUGCCGCGGAGGAGGCCGACGACGUCCUUCCAGUCUUCGCCGCCUCCUACGCGAACUCGCUCUGCCUCGGCUACGGAGGCGUUGCGCCCGCGAAGCCGCGACUGGCUGAGAUGCUGCUCGAUGCCCAGGAUGAGGGGGACUGGGGCGGGCGCGCCGGCGACGAAGCAGAGGGCGGAGAUCUCAGGCGGAGGCCCAGAGAAGGCCUCCGGUGCCCGGGAGACCAAGGCACGACCGAAAUCUGGGUUGUCGGGCUCGAGGGCCUCGUGGUCGUUCGCCUGCGGUCUUGGCUGGAAGUUCUCGAGGAGUUGCUCGCUGCGGGGCGCGGUCUGGAGGCGCUCGCCGUCCUGAAGUGUCUCUACGAUGGCCGCCUUCCGCCGCUGCUGUGCUUCUCGCCGCAUCGCGUCCUGCGCCAGCAGACGGCGGCCCUUCCUUCGCUCGCCGCGGCUGUUUCCCGCGGCUUCUGUCUGGCGACACUCAGGCACCGGCGUUGGUUUUCGUCUUUUCUCCCCUCGCUCCUCCCCGCGGCGCAGGCCACCGCACCCCCCGACAGGCUCUGGCGAGAGCUGGUCGCCCUGCUGGCGCGCUGCGUCUUUGAACUCGUCGCCAGUCUGCGUCUGUAUCCGCUCCUGAACGGCGUCGUCUUCCGCGCAUUCACCAAGCUCAUCGAUCAACUCGAGUCCGAGGGACAGCUCGCCUCGUCGCCCUCGCCCUCUUCCGGCGCCGGAGAUGAGGAGGCGUGCGCGGCGCUCGCGCCGGCGGAGCCCCCCGCUGGCGACAGCGUCCGUCAUAUUUUCUUCUCUCUGCUCAUUCGCUACCUCGUGCUGGGAGAGCUGCCGUCCGCCGCGCUUGAUCCCGACGUCGUCACCGCGCUCGUUCUGCAUCUCGAAGGCCAACUCGAGGGCGGCCUCUUGGGUGACAAGACUGCGGACGCGGCGGCGCCCGCAGACUGCGCCAAGAGAGAGAGGGGCAGCGACGACGAGGCCGCGCCGACGAGCCGAGCCACUCCCGGAGUCCUGCUGAGGCACCUAACGCGGUUUAUCGGCGACGACGCAGUGGAGGAAACCCCUCUUCUCGCGGCGCUCAUUGAGCUAGAGUCGGCGAUGAAGGCCACCCGCCCAGGGCCCAGCGACCGCGGAGAAGGACUGGAGCAAGUCGGGGUAGUGCGAGGCGAAACGGCGCACGCGGAAAGAGACCGCUCUGCUGCAGGUAUAAAUGAAGCCGCUGCGAAAGAGGAGGAAGCCGACGACGCGCAGUUCUCCCUUCUCCGGCCGCUGUACAUACACCUCGCAAUGGCGCCAGGGCGGGAAGGCCGCGCGACAGAAAGCGAAGGCGCGAAUCUGGACAUGACGCGCGUUGUAAGGGAGAAGUUGCUCAAAUACCGCCUGCUUCGACAUCUGCUUCAGUUUGUGCUCAUGCGCCUGUUCGGGAUCGAAAUGCACGAUUCGCCAGCCCACGCCCUCGCACCGUCGCCUGCACUCGAAGCCGGCCGUGUCGUCACGCCUGAGGCGGAGACGCCUGACAGUGUAGGCUGCGCGAACGCAGCAGGCGCAGCCGACCUUCUUCAGAUUCUCCAGCUGGUGUCUGUGCAUCGCGUGUGGCUGGGCGUGUGCCUAGCCUACAGCAGAGGCUUCGCGGACUUCCGCACACCUGUCGAGCUCCUGAUUGGCGACGCCUACCGCAUCCAGCACGCAGUCUUUAAAAAUUUCAUCCACCUGCUCCAGCAGUCUCUCUCGUGGCGAGGAGGCCCGUUGGGCGAGUCUGACGCUCUGCGGGGUGGCGCGGCUUCUGAGGCUGCGGCUGGCGAGCGCGGCGCGGGCGGGCGUGGAGAGACGCCGCUAAGCUCUCUCGGCUCGCUGCCUCUCUUUGUUCCGCCGCGCGACGUCGAGACGCUUCGCGCGACUCGGGAGGUGUUUUUCUUCCUCUUUUCGCUGUUUCUUGGUCUCCCCUAUCCGCUCCACGGAGGUCGGCGGCCACGUAGCCGUCGCGCUCGGCCGGGCCUGGCUGGAGCGGAGGGUGAGCUGCGCGACGAAGCACAUGACGCCGCCGACACGCAGCGUGCGCCUGCCGCGAGGGAAACGUGCGAUGAGUUCCUCUGGAGACAAAGCACCGGCGGGGAGGUGGACCUGCCGACAGCGCGUGAGCAUCUGAGAAGGAAACCGCCUUCGUGCUUCUCCGCGUCGCCUCUCGCGACCGUCCUGGACUACGUGUUCCGCCGCGCCACUGCGCCUCCGCCCAAGGCCCUCGCCGGUCGCCUCGACUUUCUUUUUUCACCCUCACUGUCGGCCGCGGAAGGAGGCGCGCCUGAGGUCGUCACGCGCGCGCCGGAGCCGCCUGGCUGGGGUAGUCCGCAAGUCUUCAAACGCCUCUUCAUGAUGUCGCCGCGAAUGACGUUUUCUCUCUUCUCGGCGCUUCUUCUCGCGUCUGCGUCCUCCGCCCUCACAAAUCCGGCUGCGCAAAAAGCGCUGCAGGCGCCGGACCUGAGUCCCGAGAUUGCCUCUGCUGCCGACGACGAGGCGCGGAGCUCAUCGACCCCUGGCGAUGAGGCACAGCCAGGCAACGCCGCAGCGGCGGAUGAGCCGCUCAGCAAAACCGAAAAAAGAGACUUUCCCCGCGCGCUGCUCGGCUUGCUACUUCCGGCGGUCGCGGACUGCAUCGUCGACGCGGCCUCGCUUCAUCAGACGUAUUUGAACGCCCUAGGGGCGCUGGGCGCUCGCCAGGGAGAGCCAGGCGGCAAAGGCGACAGAGGCGGCGACGACGGUCAACGCGGGUCGGGCGCGGAUUGCGCUGCAGAUAUGCUUUUGUCGGCGGUUGCUGCGUUGGAGGCGAUGGCGAGGGAGCAGCGGCGGACGCUGCAGGAGAUGCACGCGGUCCUGUGGCGUCUGUUUGUUGUGGGGGUGCUUUGCGUGCGAGACCAAGUCCUCGCGAGCGCCUCGCUGCGCUGCGAAGUCGUUCAGUUUUUCCUCUGCGACGCGCCUCCCAGCAUCAACCUCCUGCUGCCGCUCCUAAGCCGGCCGCUGCCGAACGCGUUGAAGCCUCAGCAGCUCCGCGCGAUGCUUCUGACCUCCUCGAUUCAGGCGCCCGCCGCCAUCGAGUUCGAAUCGUGCACCAGGAGAGCGGCCUCAGCCGCGGCAGCCACCUCGGCGCCGCGGUCGCCCUCCUUCGCCUGGGAUCAGGGCUUGCGCGAGGCGAUGCUGCUGGCGUGGCUCGAGAAGGAGGCGGACACGGCGUGGAGCGGCGCGCGGCUUCGCGGCGAGGGCGCUGAGGCGCGCGGGCGCAGCGCGGCUCGCGCCUUGAGCCUCUACGGGUCCCACAAGCUGUUGCUCAAGCGUUUCGGCUUCCUGCGGGCGGCAGCGCUCCUGUGCGAAGCCGAGAGAGACUACGAUGCGAGUCUGGCGCUGUGGAUUCGGCGUGCACGCAGCGGGACGUGCGCAGCAGACAGUGGCAGCGAAGCGGGGAAGGAAGACGCGCAGGCGCAGCGCCGGCGGGCGCCGCGUCGCCACCGAGGCGAAGGCAACGGGGGAGACGACGCGCGAGAGUGGGUCGAUGAGGAGGAUAGUCGCGACGUGUUCCGGUUCAUUCGCGAACUCGUACUUGAGGCGGAAAAGCCGAGCGGAGAGGAGGCCGAAAGGCCCCGAGGCUGCGCUCAGAUGGCGACGCCCUGGCGCCGCGAGCUCGUCGACUCUCUGAGCUUCCUUCGUGCGGUCUCGCGCCAUCUCGCCGACCUCGUGGAGCUCGACUGCGACAGCAGCGCGCGCCUCAUCUGCGAGAUCUUCAGACUGCAGCAGCAACGCGCGCUUGCGUCCUCUCGCUCGCGAACCCGCGCGAGUGAGCCUCGAGCGGCGGACGCUGCCGCCGCGGCUGCCGCGGCGCCUGGGCCCCGCGGAGGCGAGGGAGGCUCGCGGAGCGAGGAGGAGGCGCUCGCCAGAGGCGCGGGCUCCGCUCCUCGGAGUGACGCCCCGGCGAACAGCGUCGUGCUGUUUGAGAGCCCUGGCGCCAUCAUUGAUCUCCUCGAUGGGCACCCCAAGCUGCAGCUGCAGCUGCUUGAGGCGCUGAUGGCGGGGGGCGGCCGGCACGGCCCGUCCAGCGCGAAAGGCCGCACGGCGGAGGCCUCCUCUUUCUUCUCCUCUCCCGCGGAGCAGACAGCGUUCUUCCACAGUCAGUUCGUCAGGUACAUCCGUCUGCUCUGCCAGCACGACCCGCGACAAGUGUGUGCCGUCCUGCAGCAGCAGGAGCGGUUUCCCUUGGCGGCCUGUCUCCGCGUCUGCGAGGAGUUCCAAGUGCUGGAUGCGUGCGCGUAUCUCCUCGAGCGCACAGGCGACUUCCAGGGCAUCAUUCGUCUGUUUCAGCACGCCUUCUCGCAAGAUCUGGAUCGUCUGCGGUCGCUCUUUCUCGUCCCCUCCUUCGACAUUCUUCCAAUUCUCCGCGUCCUUCUGCCGCGCUACCCGCCCUCGCACCCGAUCCACAGCCUUGCGGCGGGCGCCGCGACGGACGACGAGACUCGCCGCCCAGAGGCGUGCUUUCCGUUUGCGUCGCACGCAAAGUCGCGUGGGGGCGACCGCCCAGCCGCGGGCGGGAGGCCUGGCGGGCGUCUCACCGGCAGGCGCGAGAGCGCGUCGAGUGCCUCCGGCCUCCGGGCGCCUCCGUUGGUCGGCGACGGCGACGGGCGAGGCGCGGCGCUCGCGGGCCUUCCUGGCGCCCGGGCGCCGCGCGCGAGCUGGGCAGCCAGUCGGGAGCGCGGGCCUCUCACAGGUGCCGAGGACGCCUCCGGCGUCGGUGGCAGGCCCCCCGAGGAGCUCUCAGACCUUCUGUUUCCCUUCUGUCCGCAGCGGCGACGCGACGGCGAGGCGCGCCGCGAAGAGCCCUCGCGGGACCGGACCGACGACGGCGGUGGGCUACCGCGGGGUGAGCGGGAGGGUGCGGAGAGACCUGGCUCCUGCGCCUUCGCCGACAGCCGGAGUAACGGGAGCUGUUUGGCCUCGGGUUUGGCCUUCGACGAGGAGGCCCCCGAGGGCGACACGCGGUGGGCGGGGAUCGCGGAGGUCGCGAGUCUCUUCCAGCUGGUGCAGAUCGCGAGUUGGGUUGGGCGGCGGAACGCGCACUUGCUCCACAAACAGCAGCUCGAAGACCUUUGGUUCUGUCUCCUCGCGCUCGUCGUCCGCGCGCAGCAAGCCUUCCCGCAGCUCCCGCAAGCCUCCGCCGCGUCGCCGGCAACCGCCGAGGCCUCGCGGGCGGGUUCUUCGCCUGGAAGAGACGCCGCCGCCCGGGGCGGCUCGAAGCGCGAGCGCAAAACGCUGCGCGGCCUCGUCUACGAGCUCGUCCUCUCGGAGCUCCUCUCCUGCAUCCUUCACGCUGGAGUCAUGGCCAUUUCCUCGCUGCCCGAGACUGUAAAGCGCAUCACCAAGACACACCGACACGCCCAGCUCGCUGUCUUUAAACGACCGCUAGCGAGCAUGCUGAGUGGGCUGUCUUACCAGCAGAGUCUGUUGGAUGCGUACUCGGCGCUGGCGAACGCGGACAUGUCUGCAUUGUUCAGUCAAGUCGAGGCGACGCGGCGCCGGGCGAUUGCGAUCAAAGUCUUCUCCGCGGGGAACGCGACCGCGUCGUUGUCUCCUCAAGCCGCCCUCACGUGUGCCGACUGCCGCGGUCACCUUCUUCUGCCGCCGCCCGCGAGCGCACUCGACGCGUUUCUCGCGCGCCAUCGAGCCGGGUCGUCGCACGCCGCGGCGGCGGCCUCCGCGCGUCCGACGGCGGCGGCGGCCUCGGGUCGCGCCGACGGCCGCCGAAGCGGAGCACAGGCCUAUUACGCCGCGACCGCGCGGGGCGAGGAGGCUCGCGGCAAGGGGGCGCCGACGGCGAGAUCCAGCCAAAGCGCCAUUGCCGCGUUCCCCUGCGGUCACGUCUUCCAUCUGGCGUGCCUGCGGGAGAAGGAGGGCGAGCAGGCGCCGGCGUGCGGCGCCUGCGUGGCGGUGCGUCUGAGCGGACUCGGCAAGGCGAGUCGCGAAAGUGGGCGAUGGAGGAAACGCGCCUUAGGAGACGCGUGA